AUGGCGUUACUGCCAUCGUACACCAUCGUCGAGAACGAGGUGUUCUCGCAAGAGCCGCGACCGAUUGCCUCGCAAAUUCGCAAUCUUCGAAGGAUAGAACCAGCCAAGAAGCAAAAGGGUAUGUCAAGACGAAGCACAUUAGACGCGGUCUGGAGACUCGAGAUAAACGCCUAUACAAGUGCUGGGGGGACUCUGGAUAAAGGAGAAGGGUGUCAACCCUGCUGCAAUGGCGGAGAAAACAUUUCCUGGUUGGAUGACCGGUACUCGGAGCUGCGCACAAAUAUACAUACACGAAAUCCGUGGAAAUCCGUAUGCAUCUCGGCUCAAGUAACAGAUAGCGAAUCGAGAGAUAGGGCACAAACGAAAAAAACGUUUGGGACGCAAAAGAGAAGGGAUGGUACAUGCAGCAGGCAGGGAGAAACGCACAAAGAAAGAGAGAGAGAGAGAGAGGAAACAACCCCUGGAAAUUGGGUCGUGGACUGGUCAGUUCUGCAACACGCGUGUCGCAACCAGGCGGAGUAUUCGGCUGGAAUUCGCUCCAUUUAC